UUGCGCUUCGCAGAUAAGCGCAGAGCUGUUGUGAAGGAAGUUGUCAAGAAAGUGAGUUUAUGUUUAGGUUAUACAGGACCACCCGCCUUCACCCAAUCAUGUCAAUGCGGAGCCAUCCACAAUGUUAAAACAUUUAAGAGGCGCACAGCGAUGCGGCACAGAGCUCAAUAUGUGCUUCUGUGUGUCUCUGGUUGCUCCGCAAAAUUGCGUCACACCAUCCAUAUGGCCUCCGACCACAUUUUCGGAUCAAGCAUAAAUUGGCUCUUAGGGGAGCCAGUCAACACUGCGUAGCAGAGCUGUCAAACGACUGAACUGUCUUUAACCACUGCGAUUGUGUUUUAAUGAGAAAACAAAUGCCACAUAUGGUGUACCGCGAGUUCACAUUUCGAUUUGAGGUAAGCUAUAAUUCGUGUAGUUAAGAGUUACUUCGGCGUUGGCUGCGUAACUUCUCGUUUGUUAGCAAAGUGGAGUGGCUACCGUUAACUAGCUUCUCAUCUUCUCUUGUUGACAAACUAAACUAACGUUACCGAGACCAGCUAACUACAAGCAAGUUAGCCAACUGGCCGCUACUACUUCGUGCAUGGAGAGUAGGCCGACUGGCCUGCAAACUAUUGCAAUGAGAUGGAAGUAACUGAGUUUGGCCUGUCAUUUCAUCAAGUUGUUGUUGAAGAGUCCAACAUCUCAUCAUCUUCAUGACAAACGACAAGUAUUAGCCACGGAAGCCCUGGGGUGGUACGGAAGAAAGGGGGCCUCGACCCCAAGCGAAGGGUCCCCCACAACACCCUAGGCCACGGCCUGACAGCGCUGCGGCGCCUAGGGGAGGGAUCCCCCCCUCGGCCCGAAGGACGGGACGAUGAUCCAUUCAGAAGAGCAGGAUGAGGGCUGUAAAGGGUUGCCAAGCAGUUAUCGAAAAUGUGAAACCUUCAUGGAGAAGUCUCCCACAGAGUUACCAGUGAAGAGACCAUGAUGGAUCGGAACAAGCGCAACUCCAUUGCCGGCUUCCCCUCCAUGAGGCCUGACCGUCUUGAUGACCUGGAUGGUGGAGGGGAGUGGGCCCCGUCUCAGGUGGGAAGAGUGUGCCCCUCAUCCUACCGCGCCCUCAUCAGUGCCUUCUCCUGCCUGACGCGCCUUGAUGACUUCAUCUGCGAGUGGAUUGGCUCCGGCUUCUUCUCAGAGGUCUACAAGGUACGCCACAGAGUGUCGGGCCAGGUUAUGGCUCUGAAGAUGAACAAACUGAGCAGUAACCGCGCCAACAUGCUGAGAGAAGUCCAACUGAUGAACAGACUGUCCCAUCCCAACAUCCUCAGGUUCAUGGGUGUGUGUGUUCAGGAAGGCCAGCUCCAUGCUCUGACUGAGUACAUCAACGGUGGGAACCUGGAGCAGCUGUUGGACAGCAACAAGCCUCUGAGCUGGGCAGCCAGGAUCAAGCUGGCCUGUGAGAUCGCCAAUGGCCUGGGCUACCUGCACUCCAAAGGCAUCUUCCACCGGGACCUCACCUCCAAAAACUGCCUGAUCAAGUCCGAUGAGAACUGCUACACUGCAGUGGUUGGAGACUUUGGUCUCGCUGAGAAGAUUCCCAACUAUGAUGGUGAGGGGGAGAAGCUGGCUGUGGUGGGCUCUCCCUUCUGGAUGGCCCCUGAGGUGCUGCGAGAUGAACCCUACAAUGAGAAGGCAGAUGUGUUCUCCUACGGUAUUGUCCUCUGUGAGAUUAUUGCCCGAAUACAGGCCGACCCAGAUUACCUUCCUCGCACUGAAAACUUUGGCCUGGAUUAUCAUGCCUUCCAGCACAUGGUAGGAGACUGUCCUCCUGACUUCCUGCAGCUGGCCUUCAACUGCUGCAAUAUGGACCCCAAGCUGCGACCCACGUUCCCUGAUCUGGUAAAGAGGCUGGAGGAGAUCCUGUGUCGGCUAAAGGCCGAGGAGUCUGAACGAGAGAGGAUCCCCCUCUGUGGGGACAACGAUAAGAAAACCAUCCCUAAAGGUGACAAGGUCCAGGGGAUUAAGAGGUUGAACCCGUUGGAUCUGGAGGAUAAGAUCUCUCCCAAGUCACCUCGUCCUCGCCGCAAUAUCUGGCUGUCCCGCAGCCAGUCAGACAUCUUCUCCCGCAAGCCUAUCCGGAAAGUCAAUGUCCACGACCCCUACUACAACCCGGGCCCCAGGGCUGUACCAGGGGCCCGCAAGAUCAACCCCUUCAAUGCCCGCGAGGACCUGUGCGGAGGCAAGAUCAAGUUCUUCGACGUGCCCAGCAAGUCUGUGUUCUCCCUGAUGUUCGACCUGCACUCUCCCCAGGAUAAUGUGUUCUCCUCUGGGACCCAGAUCCACACUGGAGCCCACAUCCACCCAGGUAUGUGGCAGGAGACCUGGUUUACUGGCAGACAGUGCCGCUCUCUGCCCGCCUCCCCCCAGCUGGCCCUCUUGGAUGGCUGCUGCCCCCUUUCUGCCACUGUCUCCAAGUGUGACCCGGCACAGCUGGGCCAAGAGGUCCGACAGAAGGUCCUCAGCGCCUGGGCCGGGAAAUAUGCUGUGAUGGAGAUCCCUCCAUACUGUGGAGGGAAAGAAACAAAAGAGGAGGGGAACAGAGUAGAUGAGAGCGGGUCUCUCUCUCCCAUGCCCAGUGACCGUACAGAAGCUAUGGACUGCUCUAGCAGCCAAGGGAGUCCAGAGGAGGACAACGUCAAAGACAAACAUGUCUGCUGCCCCAUGCAGGCCCAGAAUGGAGGCCCAGUGAAGGACAGUAGGGAUGCUGUGUCUGAGGAGAUGGAGACUGAAGACCAGGAGGGCAUGCAGCUGCAGAGCAAUCGCUAUCCAACUGUUACUGUCAGCCCAGCCACAAACCAAGACCAUCUGAAUCCCAUCAUACUGGUGCCUUGUACGGCCCCACACUCCUCCACAGAACUGCCCUCUAAGUGUGACAUCAUCUAGGCCUUAAACAGGUCAAGGAGAAAGGGAGCCUUGUUGUGAACUCGUUUUUAACCUCGAGAGACACUCCUCAGAUAGGAAUGAUGACGUGUGAUGAUGAUCAAUGCUCUGCAGAUAUUCUUUAUUUUUUAAAGAUUUCUAUUUAAUAUACUGAAAAACGUGUAUUUUAUUUCUUAAAAAGGCACCCCUAAACCAGGGGUCUCAUAGUUCGUUGAGGUUCUGUGUGUAUGCUGGUUUUAAAUCACUGCCUUCUCCUUGAUAUUCAAUGCUAUUGUGUUUAUCUUCUGCCCCAUGUGGAAAUGUAGGAGAGUAGAUGCAUAUGAUAUUAAAGUAACACUUCUAACACCAGGGAGAAAGGGUUGAAUUCUGAAUGAAAAACGGCAUACUCACUGUCUUUCCAACAUUGAGACCCCCACCCCUGCAUCAUCUUGAUUAGUGGUAUUUCUGUACUAUACAACGGUGCCUGCCAGAAAGGAGAGCCAGAUCCAGACCAUAUCAAGGCUAGUAAAAUGAGUGUGGUUCACCAGACUACAGAGGUCUCUUAUGGAGACUAAAAAUAAACUGCUCUUAAAUUUGCGGUAAAACCAAAUACUGUUUGUGUAAAUGUGCACGCCCACGUGCACUGGAAAUGGUUUGUAUGUACCUUUUUAACAUGUCUAUGAUUUAAGCGUUUGGUAUAACCUGAGUGUCAAAACAUUGCGAACUGCUGUUUCCAUGACAGACUGACCAGUUGAAAGCUAUGAUGUCACCUGUUAAAUCCACUUCAGUAUAGAUGAAGGGGAGACCGGUUAAAUAAUGAUUUUUAAACCUUUA